AUGCGACGGUUCGUCUACUGCAAGGUGGUUUUGACCACUUCUUUAGUGUGGGUGCUGGUGGACGUGUUCUUGCUACUCUACUUCAGUGAGUGUAACAAAUGUGACGAUAGGAAGGACCGCUCACUGCUCCCUGCCCUCCGAGCGGUGAUAUCUCGAAGCCACGAGGGUCCGGGUGAGAUGGGAAAGGCAGUGAACAUCCCCAAGGAGGACCAGGAGAAAAUGAAGGAGCUCUUUAAGAUUAAUCAGUUCAAUUUGAUGGCCAGUGACAUGAUUGCACUCAACAGGAGUCUGCCGGACGUGAGGUUGGACGGCUGUAAGACCAAAGUGUAUCCAGAUGACCUGCCAAACACCAGCAUUGUCAUCGUGUUUCACAACGAGGCGUGGAGCACCCUGCUGCGGACUGUUCACAGCGUCAUUAACCGCUCUCCCAGACACUUGCUAGUGGAAAUCGUGCUAGUCGACGAUUACAGCGAGCGAGAUUUCUUGAAGAAAAAGUUGGAGAACUACGCACAGACUCUUGAGGUGCCUGUGAAGAUCCUGAGAAUGGAGCAGCGUUCGGGUCUCAUCAGAGCCAGGUUGAGGGGGGCAGCUGCCACAAAAGGUCAGGUCAUCACCUUCCUAGACGCUCACUGCGAAUGUACCAUCGGCUGGCUGGAGCCCCUGCUGGCUCGCAUCAAAGAGGACAGGACAGCAGUGGUGUGUCCUAUCAUUGAUGUCAUCAGCGACGAGACGUUUGAAUACAUGGCAGGCUCAGAUAUGACCUACGGUGGAUUCAACUGGAAGCUGAAUUUCCGCUGGUACCCUGUUCCCCAGCGGGAGAUGGACCGACGCAAGGGUGACAGAACACUUCCUGUCAGGACCCCCACCAUGGCAGGAGGAUUAUUCUCAAUAGACAAAACAUACUUUGAAGAAAUAGGAAGCUACGAUCCAGGAAUGGAUAUCUGGGGCGGAGAGAACCUAGAAAUGUCUUUCAGAAUCUGGCAGUGCGGCGGCUCUUUAGAGAUUGUUACAUGCUCCCAUGUUGGCCAUGUUUUUCGGAAGGCCACCCCAUACAGCUUCCCUGGAGGAACGGGCCAAGUCAUCAACAAGAACAACAGGCGGCUGGCUGAAGUCUGGAUGGAUGACUUCAAAGAUUUCUUUUAUAUCAUCUCACCAGGAGUGAUGCGGGUGGACUACGGAGAUGUUUCUUCCCGUAAAGCCCUCCGUGAGGCCUUGAAGUGCAAACCAUUUUCCUGGUAUCUAGAGAACAUCUACCCAGACUCCCAGAUCCCAAGAAGAUACUACUCGCUUGGUGAAAUCAGGAAUGUUGAGACCAACCAAUGUGUAGACAACAUGGGACGAAAGGAGAACGAGAAAGUUGGCUUUUUCAACUGCCACGGCAUGGGCGGAAACCAGGUGUUCUCAUACACGGCGGACAAAGAAAUUAGGACAGAUGACCUCUGUUUGGACGUUUCUCGCCUCAACGGACCUGUCGUCAUGCUCAAGUGCCACCACAUGAAGGGCAAUCAGAUGUUUGAGUAUGAUGCUGAGCGCCUCACUCUGCUGCAUGUGAACAGCAAUCAGUGUUUAGACAUGCCGUCCGAGGAAGACAAGAUGGUCCCCACCCUGAGAGACUGCAACGGCAGCCGCUCUCAGCAGUGGCUGCUCCGUAACAUGACCCUGAGCGUCUGAUCCCUCACCUGGCAACCCCCUCCCCCCCACUACCACCACCAACAACACUCCGUCCUCAUGUUAACCAGUCAAGGCUCUCCACACUUUCACCAGGUGGCUCUUACCAUGCACAUUGCCUCUUUCUGUAACAGCCUGGCCAGCAUAUACAGAGAUUCAUUACGGAGGUGUCUGCUUUUACAACUCAAUUCAGGGUUGAGAGAAGCUGCACCUGCCAUUCGGGCAACGUGACGAGAUGUAGCACUGGAGAUCUCGUCAUGUCCACAAAGGGAGAACGAUGUGUGAGGUCUGAUUGUGUACACAUGGAAAACACUGACAUCAAACCACUCACACUGUGCGGACCAGCUGCUUAGCUGUGCAUCCACUGUGCUUCUCAGACUGCUGCUUAACUGGUGGACAAACAAUUAAAUUGAAGAGCAUCUAUAACAACAACAUUUUAAGGCACGUUUCUGCAAUGGUCUGCGCUGUAAAUGACCUUCCUUGUGUACAACCUUAGAACAAGACUGUUUGAUGCUCAUCCUUUUUGCAUAUCAAUGUUUGAUUUACAUUAAAAUAACAGCAAGGAUGUCAAUAGAGCCCAACCAGUACUUGAUAUUGAAGGCAGAUACAGUAUGUGUCUGAUAAUGAUAUAUCAGCUGAUUUGGAUCAAAAGUCUAUAACAUUUUCCUCACUUUGGUUGUAAGGAACUAUUAACUAUAAUGAUGCUGCAGUAACUGUGCACAUUUUCCUGUUUUUCAUAAUAGGGUGAAACACUUUUUGGACAUAUUUAUGGGAGGUGAGAGUCUAAGCUUAAAGCCUCUGGGUGGGUGAUUCCCAUGACAGCAGUUGACUGACAGCUAAGGGCCAGUGUUGCUAGGAGACGCACUGUAAACUUCAGUGGGUUACAACAUUUUCAGCAGCAAACAAUGUUGGCCCCCAGCAGCUUAACUGCCUGUGUUUUAUUUUUAGUGGCCUCCCACACAGAUGUUGUAUCAAUGCCAACAUUGUCGGUUGCUACCAAAAAUGUACGCCCCCUGGAGGGCACCAAGGGAGAUGUGUCGCUGCAGAAAAAUAGCUUGAACUUAAAUUCAUCCUUUCUGGUGAUUUCAAUUUUGACCAGAUAAGUCAAAUCAAAUAGAGUAUAAACAGUAUAUACUGAUGACUUUUUACUCCAGUUCAACUAAACAUUUUUUUCCAAGGAUCCCUUAAAUUUGAUCAUAAAGAAUCGUGAAUUGAGAUGUAUUGAGGGAGAUAUUUUACAGUUAAAAAAUAUGUAGCGCUCUCUAGUGGACAGACUAUAUAAUGAUGAUGCUGUUUCUAAAUUGUUUGAAGCAUACAGUAUCUUUUGAAUUUCUAUACUGAAAUGUCUUGAUCAUUAUUGGACAACAUAUAGACAGAUAAUUACUCUAGUUGCUGAUGACGUUUUGAGAUGUUGGGAGAAAAAUGAUAAGCAAAAGAUUGCAAUGAAUACAAGCCAGGAGUGCAGCUAUAACAUUCCCCUUUUUAAAGAAAUGAAAAUGACAAUGUUCUGUAUUAGUGAAACAGGAAGUACAGAUUUGAACAUUUGAGACAGCUCUCGGGAUCUAAAGAUUAUACACUGUACGCAUGUUUAUAACAGUCGGCUGAAAAAAAAUUGGCUGCAGGAAAGGACCAAUCAUAACUGUAAUGUAACUCAUGAAAAUGACAACUUACUGUAUCAUGGCUGUCUGAGAGUGGCAUUAAUAAAAACACAUCACCCAUGUCAGUUUCUUCAAGAUUUUAG